AUGGGAUUAAGUCACUCUUCAACUUAUCAUUCUUCUCAUAUAAGGAGUGUGACGGAAUCUGGUCCGGUUAUUGUCAAACCACAUUCAGAAAUAUACCCGCGUUUGCCAAUUGAAGAUUUCAUGGGCUGUGACAAUGAAACAUACAGCCCACAAUUCGAAUUGUUUGUUCAAAGUUGUCAAGCGAUGUAUGAUCGUCACCACACCGAUAUGCGAUCGUAUUACCAGGUGGCUGGAAUCCAUUCACUACCUUGGACACCUUAUGAUGGAGUUACUGGUGGUAUUCAUGAAUAUAAAAAUGAGACCGAUUGGGUAACAGGUCGUUGGGGUGGAUAUUGUCAUCAUGCAGAUGUCUUGUUUGGACCAUGGCACCGACCUUAUAUACUAUUAAUGGAAUCGUUAUUAAUUAAUGAAGCAAAGAAAAUUGCUUUACAAUACCCUGAUAACGAAAGAGAAAAGUACGUUGAAGCAGCAAAUCAAUUUCGCUUUCCCUAUUGGGAUUGGGCUGAUGAAAAGGCAAUAAAUGGCCUGCCGGAUGUAUUCAUAGUAGCUGAACUCGAAAUAAGAACACCAAAAGGCAAGAAAAAAGUCAAAAAUCCGUUAAAAAGUUAUACAUUACCUGUAGAUCUUUCAUUUCCCCUUGGAAAAGGUUAUAACCCAACUGAUAAACCUCAUUAUAAAAUACCAACUAUAAAUUAUAAUCCAUUUACACCCGCCGGUUAUUCUACUGUGAGAUAUCCUAACGCUAACUAUGAAGAUCAAUAUGAUAUGAUGAAUCGAAAUAUCUCUAUGUUUGUUUCUACGUUACUUAGACCAAUAGUUUAUCAAAUAUUACAGAUUAAUAAUUACCUACAAAUUAGCAAUUAUGCUUUAAGAUCAGACGGUACAGAAAUGGAAGGUUUUUGGCCAGCUCAUCCGGUUUCUUUAGUAAUAGUUGGAUCUUCACAUUAUGCAUCUAUUGAAGUACCCCAUUUUAUCGUUCAUUUAGCAAUCGGUGGUCCUGGUGGUCAUUUUACAUAUGCAGAUAUAAAUGGAUUUGAUCCAAUAUUCUUUUUUCAUCAUACCGCCGUAGAUCGUUUACUUGCACUUUGGCAAGCAAUACAUCCUGAUAGUUGGGUUACGGAAAAUGUUAGUAUUAACGGAACUUAUACAGAAGAACUAUACACAGUGGUAAAUGAAUAUACAGACCUAACACCAUUCCGUAAAUCAAAAACAGAAUUUUGGAAAUCUUCAACUGUUCGAGAUAUAGAAAAACUUGGAUAUACUUAUCCUGAAUUGGUGAAAUUUAAAGGUCAAGAUCCAAGAGAAUUACAAGCAUAUCUUCUUAAAUUCUAUAAACCUGAUCCUCAUUAUGCACGCAGAUUUUUCGCAAAAUUAAUUAUAGAAGCAGGUAAAUUAGUUGGACCGUACGUUAUUAGAGUCUUCGUUGACAUGAAAGGCGCAUCUGUCGAAACACCAAUAACUUCGCCUCAUUUUGCUGGCUUAGUUGCCAUGUGGCAUAGACCUAACCCUUACCAAAUUAAUGGUACUACUUAUGUCAUAGGAAGUGUUGAUAUUACAGCAGCUAUGGAACGAUUGGGAAUACGAAUGGAAACAAUAAAUUCAAGGUCAUUUGUUGAUGUCAAUCCUACUACUGGCUUGUUAAAUUCAAAUGCAAUUUUUGAUGUUAAUAAUGAUAUCAACGUAGUUCCUUGUUAUCUGAACGGAACAGGAGUUAGUCCGAAGGAAGCUGGUGUUAAUAAGGUUGAAGUUUAUUCAUUCAUACAUGAUAAAGUGGACCCAGAUUUCUUGGUCGAAGAUAGUGGUCAGCAUCAUUACACUAAUAUAUUUUAA